AUGGUUUUGGGUAAACCUGGUGAAUUAAGAAAUGAAUCCAGGUGUGAUACAGUAGCAAUUAAAGUUUUGAAGGAUACAGCAGGACGAGAGGCCGAGGAAGACUUUUUGCGAGAAGUCGAUAUAAUGAGUGCUUUUAGGCACGAUAAUAUCCUUACAUUGAUCGGAGUUGUAAUGCGAGAUGGAACAAAUAGCCCCUGGAUGGUAUUCGAGUACAUGCCCCAUGGUGAUUUGGCAGAAGUGUUAAGGGCGAAUGCAAAAGUUCCUCGACUCAAGAACCCAUCAUCGUGCGCCGCACCCGCGCCGAAACUAGAUAAAACAUCUUUACUUUCGAUAGCUUCUCAGGUAGCAAAUGGUAUGAGAUAUUUAUCCGCCCAGAGAUUUGUCCAUCGUGAUCUUGCAUGCAGAAAUUGCCUUGUUGGAACUGGAUUGUCGGUGAAAAUUGCAGAUUUUGGCAUGAGCAGAGAUGUAUAUACUUGCGAUUAUUAUAAGAUUGGAGGUAACCGUCUCUUACCAAUUAGAUGGAUGUCUCCUGAAAGUGUGAUGUAUGGUAGAUUCACAUUGGAAUCUGAUGUUUGGUCCUAUGCAGUUUUGCUCUGGGAAAUCUAUAGUUUGGGAAUGCAACCUUAUUAUGGACACAGCAAUGACCAAGUUGUAAAACUCAUCUUACAGGGCGAGAAGUUGACACCCCCAGAAGGUUGUCCAUCCUUCAUCUGCGACCUGAUGAAACUAUGUUGGAAAACAGAACCUCGAGACAGGUUAACCUUUCCUGAAAUUUACGAAAAGCUUGCCAAAGCUCGCGCUGAAAUGGCAGCUUCUCAGCAAGAAAUUAAUCAAAAUAUCGAAAUCGCAGAUGAUUUACCAAGGCCUCCGAUUAUAAUACCAACACUGGACAUCAUGCAGCAAACUGAGGAUUUGGAAGGUUACUUGAAACCACAGAAGGCACAACCUCCUGAAUAUAUGGUGGCUAUAGCUUAAAUGGUAGAUAGUAAUGAAAUUUCGAGAAACAUAUCUUUGUAAAAGGGAAUACAAACGGUGGUUUUAGUUAUCAAUGUAAAUGGAUAGAUCUCUUUGUUUUUUAUAUUCCAUAAAAGUGAAACUAUUAACAUCGUGUAUAUAUUUUUCAUAAACCAGAGACAUUUUCUCGAUGUACCCAAAAUUGUCCAUAUCAUGACACUGUUUUAAAUGUAGUUAAUAUUUAAAUGUAUUUUUAAUCUAUCAUA